GGAAAAAAAAGAAAAAUCAAGAUCCAUUCACAUUUAUAAUUCACGAUCAAAUAAGGAUACAUACAGUAUUACCUUCGGUUCAUAAACCAGUGUCCAUUUAUUCUUUCUUUAUCCACUUUAUCAACACUUGAGCAAUUCAAGAGCAUUAUAACUUGAGUAAUUGUUCAUUAUGAUAAUACAUUACAGUUGUGAUCAAAGCAACAACUUUUAAGAUUUUUGAAUAAGAUUUUGAAAAUCCAUAAAGGAGAAAAACAUGUAAAAGCCCAGCUGCUGUGGGGGAGGAAGGCAGAAGAUUGUGUCACACCUCCACACUGCGACGAGCGGAUGUGCUUUACAUUUCUCUCAUACUUUCUCACUUCCCUCCUCUACUUACCGAACUAGGCUUAUUCAGGCAGAUGCCAAAUUACUUCGCCCGUGUGUCUGAUCGUCACAAGUAAAUACAGACUUUAAUAAAUGUGUUUGAGGGCAUCCGCUUCAGCAGAUUAUUAUAAAUACCAAAUUGUUUCUGGAGUUUAAAGGAUUUCGUCUUCUGUCUUCAAAAGCGGCAUCCAGCAUCGUCCGUUUAGAGAUCGAAAAGACUGACAAGAAAGUAGACAUCCGUCCUCAACUCUGAGAGGUUCAACCUGUUUGGAAAGGAUGACAGCCGUCAUUAGAGAGAAGGACCGACAUCCGACCUCGCUGCAGAAACACAGCAGAAGUGAUACGAGAGAAGAUGGACUAAAGAUCUGAGACGGCGUGUGGGAAGCUGAUUUUAAACCUGUUCCAUAUGAACAACGUUAAAACGCUCUGAAAAGAGAGACAUUAUAGUUCAGUUCAACAAACUGAAUGACCGCUGAAAUCUUCAGAAAUUGAGUUACCAUAUGCCAGGGCUACAAAUCACCUGCUAUGAAAACUACCACUUGAACACAGAAGUACGCUGCCUUUGUCUACAACGUAAACGUGUUACAGAGAAACCAUCCCUAAGACUUUCCACAUAACCACAAAUAUCCAAAGGAGUGAGACCGUCGGCGGCAGCCAUGAACGAGACCGAAGAGAUGGCGCUGAAGUGCGUCCUGGUCGGGGACAGUGCCGUGGGCAAGACAGCGCUGCUGGUCCGCUUCACCUCAGAAACCUUCCCAGACAACUACCAGCCCACAGUGUUUGAAAACACAGGGGUGGAGGUGUACACGGACGGGGUUCAGAUCAACCUGGGGCUGUGGGACACGGCGGGCAAUGACAACUUUAGACAAAUCCGACCGAGAUCCUACCACCAGGCUGACGUUGUGCUAAUCUGCUACUCUGUGGCCAACCCUAACUCUCUGGCCAGCGUCCAGCACAAGUGGAUUGCUGAGGUUCGAGAGAACUUGCCAAGGGUGCCGGUGCUGGUUGUUGCAACCCAGACAGAUCUGAGGGAGAUGGGGCAGUACCGGGGGAACUGCAUCUCAGCAGCGGAGGGGAGACGUGUGGCUCAUGAGGUCCACGCUAAAGGCUACCUGGAGUGCUCCUCCUUAAGUAACCGUGGUGUGCAGCAAGUUUUUGAGCAUGCAGUGCGAACAGCCAUUAACCAGGCUAGGAAACAGGCCAGACGACGGAUGUUCAGCCUCAACCAGUGCAGGGUCUUUUGACCUUUGAACUUGACUCAGCCUUCAUGAGAGGACAUGUUUUAAUAAGGGUCCUAGUGUGCUGUUCAAACUCAGUGAGAAUCCAUUAAGGUACAAGAACCCAAAGCUGUAUUUUUUUAAUGUUAGGUAGGGUUUUUCUACACUGAUGGGUCUCCUGCGCCCUCCAAAGCACUUCUCUAAACUCAAAGAAUAAAAAUGAAAAUACUUUGAUUUAGUCAUGCGUGUACUCAAAUUAAAGUUCUACUUUUGUUUGAUUCAGGGAGACGCGAAAAAAAUACUUCAUCUUCAAUUCCUCUGAACUGUUUGUGAAUGUACCACAGCACAUCUCAGGGGUAUUUCAAAUGUGGUAUCAGAAUUGUUUUGUGUUUAACAAAUACUCCAUUGUUCAGGGCAAGGCACACUUAAAUGCUUAAAUUACAGUUAUAAUAGAUUUAAUCUUGACACAGCAUUGUUUUUUCUUAACAUCUCAGUUUGGGAUUUGAUUGGCAAAUGUAAUUAUUAUCUGGGAAUGAAUGUGGAGAUAAUAAAUGAUUUCACUGCCACAAAUAAAAUGAGUUAUACAAGUAUACAGUUGCAUGGAUCUUUUACAGAUGUUUCAAGAACUAGGAAAAUAAUGUUCUCAGGCUCCAAAAAUAUAAUUAUCAAGUCAGGAAAUAAUUUUGAGUGCAUAUUGAAUUUUGUCAGCACCUAUUCAAACGCCUCAGAGUAUGAAUAAGACAAUUUGAGCUACAUUAGGAUAUACUGUAUAUGUAAAGCUUAUUCUCAAAUGACAUUUCACUAGAUGUGACCAGGCAAUACUCUGUCAGUAGCUCAAUGCAGGCUAUUUUUUUCUAAAGGUUAUUUCUUAAUUUUAAUUUAAUUUAAAUAUACCUGUUUAUGUAUUGUUAGAACGUAUACCCGUUGCAGUGAAAUACAAUGUGACUGAACACAUUUCAGUCAUUAAAAAGCAAGAAACCUUAACACAUUGAUUAAAUGGUUGUUUUGAUUCAUACAAGAUAUCAUUUGUAAGUUUCUUUUAUACGAGUAGAGAAUCCCAACUUUUAGAAAUUCUACAAUAAAGUGAAGAAACAUUAAACAUCAGCAUUAUCGGACUUCUUGACACUGAUCAUUGUGCUAAAUAACGGCUUUUGUGAUUUUAUUUGUAAAACUGUUAAAAAAAAGAAGACAUGACCUUCUACUUAUGUUUCUUGCAAACUUGUCCAUACAUUAAAGCUAAGGAUUCAACACAUUGACACGGCAUUGUGUAAUUUCUGCAAAUUUUGUUCGUAACAAAAAAUGCUUUCGGAAAUCAUCAAGUAUUUGUAAUUCCGCCUUGGUUUUUACCUUCCUAUCUUUUAGCGAGAGUUUGCGUUGGAUUUGAAUAUGUGUGCAUUCAUCAUCAAUGCGCCCUUUUAUGCCUUAACUCCUAUAAACUCAGUAAGAAUUUAUAAAGGAUAAUUUAUACAUUUUUAUGGAAACAAGUUCUCUUCUUAAAAGAGCAUUGUGCCCAUGUGUCUCAUGUACAUACUUAUGUUACAGGUUUUGUAUGUUUUGCAUAUCACAUCUUAAAUCAAACAUAUCGUGUGAAGUGUAUUAAGCGUUUGCCAAAUCUAUGUAUGAAAUCUGUAUUAUAAUACACAGAUGAAAUGCAUUAAAAAAUUAUUUAGAUUA